AGGGCCUGGUGCCGGACGGCAGCUCGCUGCAGAGGCUGAACGAACUCGUGAGCCUGCGACUGGGGGAGGCGCCGACCUUCUUGCAGGCGGACGUCUGGGAGGAGCGCGCCAGCGUCCUGGCGCUCGGCGGCAGGGGCCCGUCGAGGACCCGAAGCUGUUGGGGCAGGCCUACAUUCCGCUGGAGGCGAAAUUCGGCAAGAGGCCGUGCACAUGGCCGAUAGCGUGCACGGGGGCCUCCGUGGACACCGGAUACCUCACGUGCAAGUUCACCCUCGCGGGCACACCAGGACGCCCCGUGCGCAACCUCCGGGUGGCCGACGGCGGCGCGGGGGCCACCGAGGUGAGCCUGGCGUGGGAGCCGCCGAGGACCGACGGCGGGGCCGCGCUGCGCGGGUACCGCGUGGAGGCCCGGGCAGCCGCUGGCGCCGCGGCGAGCAGCGCGGCCAUGUUCCUGGGGGAGACGCCCAAGACGGCGAGCGCGGCUCCGACAGCGGCGCCGUCCGCCGUGGUGCGGGGCCUCAUGGGGAACAGCUCCUACACCUUCCGCGUCUGGGCGAUCAGCGAAGCUGGCGCCGGGCCCCGCGCGGAGAUCCUGGCGACCACGGGCGCCGUGGCGCCAGGGCUCUGCGGCAUGCCCCGCUCGGCGCCCGAGGGUCUCGACUCAGGGUUCUCCGACGCGCCCCUGUGGGUAGAGUGGGCGCCACCCGACGACACCGGCGGUGCGACUGUCGUGGCCUACCGCGUGUGGCUGCGGCCGCUGUUCAGCGACAGCCUGGGCAACGUCUAUGCGGUGGGCUCUCGCGGUGCGCACCGCCGCUGCCCCGUCAGAGCGGGGUCGUGGCGCCCCAGAUGGCGCCUGCCCCGGCCCGGGUUGCGGUUGAGGUGUGCGCUUCGGACGGCGCCAAGGGGGGUCACCGCCUCGGGAUAGGGGACUGGAGCACAACCAUGAAACGGCGCUCGCCACCGCCAUCGUAUAGUGGGCAUCGUUUGGGAUUGGUUCGCGAGUGUACGACGUUCAACAUGAUGUGUAAAAGGUGCUUCGUGCGAAGGCCCGCGCACCCUGGUGUUUGUACCUGCAGCUCGGGGUCACCAGCUCUUCCCAAAUCAUCGGGGAUCGAGAAGAUUUGGGACGUCUGGGAGUGCCUCUGGGGAUCCUGGUGGUCCUGGGGGGUACAGGGUGGUCCGCUCCCUCGAGGAUGUGGCGACCCCCCCCCCCGUGGCAUUGCCUGCACCUUGGACGCGGCCAGACGCGUGCACGUACCCCCACGGCGGCCGAGGCGGCUCGGCUGGGCACUGUGA